GAUGGGGAGGAGUGGGGGUUGAAUGGCAGCGGCGGCAGUGGUUACGCGCGCGGGAGGCGCGCGCACGGUCUCCAUGGUGAAGCGGGGGAGGGGUGGCCCUCAGUAAGUGGCAGCGACUGAUGUCGCUGGCGCCCGCGGUGGCAGAUCCGAUCCUCCUGGCCAAGCACGCGGUGCCAUGUCCCGGGGGUGCUGCACCCACCUCCUGUGGGAUGUGAAGAAACGGAGUUUGGGCCUGGAGGAACCCGGCCUGCUGCGGAGACGGUAUCUAGGGAGAAGAGAAUUUAUCCAAAGAUUAAAACUUGAAGCAACAUUGAAUGUGCAUGAUGGCUGUGUGAAUACAAUAUGCUGGAAUGAUACAGGAGAAUAUAUUCUAUCUGGAUCUGAUGAUACUAAUCUUGUAAUUACUAAUCCAUAUAGUAGAAAGGUAUUAACAACCAUUCGCUCAGGACACAGGGCAAAUAUUUUUAGUGCAAAAUUUUUACCAUGCACCAAUGAUAAGCAAAUAAUAUCCUGUUCUGGAGAUGGGGUCAUUUUUUAUACUAAUGUUGAACAAGAUGCUGAAACCAACAGACAGUGCCAAUUUACUUGCCACUAUGGAACUACAUAUGAGAUCAUGACAGUCCCAAAUGAUCCCUACACAUUUUUGUCUUGUGGAGAAGAUGGUACUGUAAGAUGGUUUGAUACAAGAAUCAGGACAAGUUGUACAAAAGAAGACUGUAAAGAUGAUAUUUUAAUCAAUUGUAGGAGAGCUGCCACAUCUGUAGCCAUCUGCCCACCCAUACCAUAUUACCUUGCAGUUGGCUGUUCUGAUAGUUCAGUAAGAAUAUAUGAUCGACGCAUGCUUGGCACAAGAGCAACAGGUAAUUAUGCAGGCAGGGGUACUACAGGAUUGGUGGCACGUUUUGUUCCUCCUCAUCUUAAUAAUAAAUCCUGUAGGGUAACAUCUCUCUGCUACAGUGAAGAUGGACAAGAAAUUCUUGUGAGCUAUUCUUCAGACUACAUAUACCUAUUUGAUCCUAAGGAUGAUACAGCUAGAGAAUUGAAAGUUCCUUCUGCAGAAGAGCGAAGAGAAGAGUUACGGCAGCCCCCUGUCAAACGUUUGCGAUUAAGAGGAGAUUGGUCAGAUACUGGACCAAGGGCAAGGCCGGAAAGUGAAAGAGAAAGAGAUGGUGAACAGAGCCCUAACGUUUCAUUGAUGCAAAGAAUGUCUGACAUGUUGUCAAGAUGGUUUGAAGAAGCAAGUGAAGUUGCACAGAGCAACAGAGGAAGAGGACAAUCUCGCUCUAGAGGUGGAACAAGUAGAUCAGAUGUUUCUACCCCAGGAAAUGUCUUGGCAGGUGCUGAAACAGAAAAUUCCAUGGAAGUAGAUGGUCCUGAACAAUUGCAGUCAUCAUCAUCUACAGUGUCAGCUCAAGCUCCCUCAACAUCUUCAUCAACAGAAAGUCCUCCUUCUACUUCUUUACUCUCGUCUCCUGACAAUGAACAAAGACCUUUUUUGGAGACACCUGCACCUCCUACACUCCACCAACCUGAAUUAAUGGCACCUGAGUUAGCUAUACUCCGUAGGGGCCUGCAGCGGCUGAGGCUUAAGAAGGCUGAACAGCAGAGACAGCGAGAGCUAGCGGAGGGUUCAGCACAGCAGUCCUCCAGCUCUGAUCAGUCUUCCCCUAAGGGAUCCUCACAGGACCCUCAGCCUACAGAUGAUGAAAAAGCAAGUCCACGGGCAGGAGCAAGUGAACCUGUUUUAAGUUUACAUUAUAGCACAGAAGGAACAACUACAAGUACAAUUAAAUUAGAUUUCACUGAUGAAUGGAGUAGUACAGCUUCAAGUUCAAGAGGGAGUGGAAAUCAUAGCAAAAUAGAAGCUCAGGAAGAAUCCCUAAGAACUCCAGGUUCAGAAGUACCAACACUAGAGAGUGAAGAAUCAAAAAUUCCUGAAGAAUCACCUGAAGAAAGUACAAAUACUGAAGAGCUAAUGUCAACAAAUGAAAAUGUUGAUACACCGCAUUCGGACAAUGAGAUAUCUGACCAGCCUGAAAGUACUAUGGAACAAGGAAAUGUUCCCGAUCUUGAUUUAAUCUGCCAGAUCCCAGGAGAAGAUUUAUCAGGCAAAACCAUGGAAGAGCAAGCAAGCUUGAGUCAACAAAGUACAAAUUCUUCUACAAUCCCAAAUAAUACCAAUAAUGAACCUCAUUCUCAACCAGAUUCCUCAGGACUUGCCGCUCAUGAAGAAUCAUCAACAAGAAGUUCUGUUUUCCAUGAAACUGAUGAUAGCGAUGAUGACCCUGUUCUCAUACCUGGUGCACGCUAUCGUGGAGGCGUUAGUCAUAGAUAUAUCAGAGGAACAGCAGUAGGUGAUAGAAUAAUGAGACGAUCUGCUGUUGCUCGUAUCCAGGAACUUUUCAGACGAAGAAAAGAAAGGAAGGAAAUGGAAGAAUUAGAAACACUAAAUAUUAGACGUCCUUUAAUAAAAAUGGUUUAUAAAGGUCAUCGGAACUCACGGACAAUGAUAAAAGAAGCCAAUUUCUGGGGUUCUAACUUCGUAAUGAGUGGUUCAGAUUGUGGACACAUCUUCAUCUGGGAUCGACAUACUGCUGAGCACCUGAUGCUGCUUGAAGCAGAUAAUCAUGUAGUGAACUGUCUGCAGCCACAUCCAUUUGAUCCAAUUUUAGCUUCAUCAGGUAUUGAUUAUGAUAUAAAAAUCUGGUCACCACUAGAAGAAUCCAAGAUUUUUAAUCGAAAACUUGCUGAUGAGGUUAUAACUCGAAAUGAAUUAAUGCUGGAAGAAACUAGAAACACAAUUACUGUUCCAGCCUCUUUUAUGUUGAGGAUGUUGGCAUCUUUGAAUCACAUACGAGCAGACCGGCUGGAAGGUGACAGGUCUGAAGGGUCUGGCCAAGAAAAUGAAAAUGAAGAUGAAGAAUAAUUGGCUAUUUUCUGGAAACAACAAAAUGUCAUGAAAUUUGUAUAACUCGUGAAUUAUAUUUUUCCUUACAAAGCUUUAGUGCAAUUUUAAGGUUUUGCUUUGGGUAAUCUAACAUUCUGAUUUUUGAAUGUGUGUGCAUGACUUGUGAGAGUGUGCAAGUUAAAAAAGCAAAAUGUUUUUAAAAUGUUUUGCAAUGUAUGAGGAGUGCUAGACAAUGCAAAGUGCAAUAUUUUCCCUUAACUUGCAAAUAUGGGAGCUUGGAUCAAUGUUAAACUAACUUACCUAAUAGUAAAAACAUUGGUUCAAAUAAAUUUCUAUACCUGCUAUUUGCAUGUUUAUUGCUUUCUAUUAAAAGAUGUGGUUGUUUUACA